CUUUUAUGCUUACCAGCCCAAAUUUCCUCUCUUUCUCUGUCUACAAUUCUCAAAUCUGGCAAUCUGCUUAGUAUUUUCUCUCUCUAAAAGCCCACAAAACAUCCCUCUUUAAUUUUCCUUCAGACACUGUUCUUGGGUCUCCUUACCAAGAACAUUGAAAUUUAACAUCAAAAAGGAUCAUUUUUUGAGGUGGGUCCUUACAAACAUUGGAUUAUUUCUUAGCUUGUUUUUUUUAGCAGAUAUUAAGAAAAUUCAACCAAGAACGUGGCUUACGAUUCCAUUAAUACUUUGUUAUUUCUCCUCCUUUCUCUCUCAUAGUUUAUGCAGUUGAACAGUUUUAUCUUAUUGACUCACUUCCUCAACUAAGUGGUGGGCGGUUACUUUUGAAGCUUUCCUAGCUUUUUGGUUGUAUAAAAGUUUCAAUUUUUAAGGAAUUUAUUGUUUUUCAUCUGGGUUUUGAAGUCUUGGAUCUUACACUCAGGAUUCUCUCAAGUUCAAGGUCCGGAAAGUCACAAGUCUUUGCAUUUGUUUUUCUCUGCAAAGUAGUGUUGUUAGAAACUGUACGAGAUUUUCCUGUCGUUCCCAGAUGAACUUGGUUAAUUGCUAACUUGCUGGUGACAUGGAGCGCGCUAAUGUUGUUAGGCAUAAAGAGGAUCAGAAUGAAGGAGAUACACAACACUGCUAUAGCGAGAUCCAUAAAUCCGUUGAUCGAAAUGUGUUGUACGCAUCAGAUCCUAAAGCUCAGACUAUGGUCAAAGGCAGAAAACCAGCAAAGACACUUGUUUUACAGUUGAUACAGUCGGAAACUUGCGAAAACUGGUUUCAAGAACUGUUCUUUAGACGAUCUCGUGGUUUACAACUUCAAAUUCCAAAGCAACUAGUAAGUUUGGAAGAGGAGUAUAUGAUGAAGAGCUUAGAACUCAUGCAUAUAAAUGCAUUGAAAGGAGCUCCGUGUGCUCUAUCCGUCAAUUUGGGUCCCUUGGAUUUUGGAUUUGUGUCUGAUUAUGCGGCAGUUGGGAGAAGCAGAUCGUCAGAUAUGGCAACUUGUGCGAUUGACUAUCCAAUGACAGUUGGAUCCCGAGAUUUGGUUUUUAGCUCCAGGGAUGAAGAUAUUGUUGGUUCCAUCAUGGGAAGCAAUAGUAUGAUGAGAAUAAUGAGAAACCCUCUGUUUCAAAGACUUGGAAUUCUAGAUCGUAAUGAAAAGCUUGGCGGCACUAAAUCGUUCGAUGAUAAUAAAUGCAUUCCUUCAUAUUACCAAGGUUCUCCAGGCCGAUUGACUCCCGGUAUUUCUCACAAGCAUGGAGAGGAGUCUUUGGCUCUUAGGAACCAGCAGUAUAGAUCAGACUUUGUACAGACGGGCUCUAAAUCUAUGUCAAGUGGAAUCUCAGUGCUCAGUGAUCAGGCUUGUAUAUCUUCCCUUUCUCCAAAGGGUUCUCAAGGGAUGCUUCAUUUUACUUGGGAUAAUGGGAUUCCAAAUUUUACUUUCACUUUGGAUGACCAGAAGGAAUUAUAUGUCGCAAAUGCAUGGAAAGCCGAAUUACCGAAUGAUAAAGCUCUGGAUUUCGUCUACUCGUUUCAUCUGAAAGCAUAUGGCCCUAAAUUGUUUGAUAGUUCCGAUCAUGAAGUUGAUUUGAUAGGCAAGAUGAAGGUCUCGACUUCCUUUUCGCUCUGUUCUAGUAAUUCUAGAAUUAUGGAAACUGAGUUUGUUCUGGUUGGUACAAACGAAAAUCACUCGAGGGAAACGCACACCUUAUCGCGAAAUGGUCGUCGUAGUAGGAAAUUGUCAAAGGUCAUGGAUGUGUUCAAGGCUGGUCACUCAUUUAAACAGAGAACCCCCUCGUUGUUCGGUGGAUCAAAUUCUAUUCCGGAAGAUUUUUCGCCGGAAAAGGGGCUAGACGCUUUCUGCAGUCCGUGUAAUGUUUGCAAACCUGAUCUUUUGGAGGAUGAUUUUCUACCCAAUCUCGAAAUGGCAGCAAUUGUUGUGAAGAAUCAUGUACACGAUGAGGAACGUCAGAAAGAAGUGGGAGGUUGGGGCCUCAAAUUUCUGAAGAAAGCUGAGACCAAUCAAACGGUUACUUCAGAAUCGUCUACUUCUUCUGAAUGUUGUCUCAGGAAUGUCGGGGAUUGUUCUACCAGCUUGGAUAUUAUAGUGCCUGCAGGCCCUCAUGGUGGGCCGAAAACGAAGAAAGGAGGGCCGAGUGGUCUCGUAGAGAGAUGGAGAUCAGGUGGCAACUGUGAUUGCGGUGGCUGGGACACUGGUUGUCCUUUGAAAACUUUCAAGGCUACGUCUAGAAGAGAAGAGGGUUGGUCCCCUUCCGAGACACAGGGGGACUGCAAAUCAUUUGACAUAUUCUUAGAGGGUUCAGCUCAGGAAACGCCUGCGCUAAAAAUGGUGAAUAUACGCGACGGUUUGUAUUUCAUCAGUUUCCAACCUUCUUUUCUGUCAGCAUUGCAAUGUUUUUCUAUUGCAGUUGCAAUCAUUCAUUCUCAGAGCCCAAGCUUGCACCCGAAACAUGUACAGCACUGAUGUUAUCAGAGGAUCAACAUCUCGAAAUUCACCUUGGCUAGGAUUGUAUUUGUGUUGUUGAUAGCUGCAAAAAAAGCAGAAUUUAGAUUGAAUAUACAUGAUUUUUUAGUGUUUAUUAUAGUUAUAUAUUAUAGGGGUGAUCUGAUAUAUAGCAAUGUUAUUAGUUUGUGUGUAGCUGUGCUGAUUGUUGUGGGUAUGGGUUACCUGCACAAUCCCAACAAGAGUAAUGUAUGUUUUUGUUUUCCCUUUUUACUAAAUUAAAUUGGGGCUUCAGUGCAAAUUUCUCCUUGCCCCAUUGUUGGAGUUAUGACUUAUUUUUAUUUAUUUUUUGUUGGAAUAGGUUAGAGAAUCUUUACCGGUAAGAAAGAUGAAUUAUCAAAUUCAUCAUGUAGGUGGUAAAAAUCAAUCUCGUGUCACAACCAUAUAAGAGAAAUCAGAAUGAGUUAUUAGUCAAUAAUUGGUAGGUAGAUAAGUAGAAAUGAUAGCAGAUUUGCAGUUAUAUAAAGGCCAAGAAUUUUUGUUUGUUGGACAUUAUUUUCCAAUGAUUGAUACUCUUUGAUAGAUGCUUUCCUUAAUUGAAUAAUUAAAUUGGGUUUUUCUUUUUUCAGAAAAAUAUAGGUUACAGAAUGUGACAUCAUGCUUUGAUCACUGGUUUUACCUUCUGGAUCCUGAACUAUCAUAGAUCUAAUUGCGAUUUAGUUGUUGAGCUUGCCAAUACCCGGUUUUUAUGUAAUGAAAAACUUGUUAUAUUGAAGUAUAAUUAAAUUAAGUUUAUGCUAAAAAUGUUUUUCCUACUUUAUUCAUUUUUAAGAAAACACAAAUAGUUAAGAGAGAAGGUCUUUUUAGAGAUUAUUUAUUUGGGCGCUUUAAAAUUAUAUUAAAUUUAAGGAAAAAUUAUUCAGAUCAUCCUAUCUAUUGUCUAUCAUU